AUGCGUCUCCUUCUGAUGAUCCCGGCUCUGUCGCUUGUACUGGCAGCGCCAGUGUUGGGGCAAGACUACGAACCACUCCUCCAAUUGAACAACUACUGCCGUAAUUCGCUCUGGGUCAGCGACGGCAACGAAACCGAGAACACUCCUCCUGUCUUCGAACUCAAGACCGGCACGGCCUAUGUCAGACCUAUUGUGGGAAUAGGGAGUACGUCUGUCCUUCUGAUUACAGCUCACAACUCGGCCUGCUUACCGUCUACGCAGAUGUACUGGGCGUCACCAGAUCCAAGGACUAUUACGACGUCAACAACCCCAAAUUGAUACUCGGCACGUCUGUGACCAUGGGAACGCUCUGGUGGACCGUUUCUCCGCUGGAUGGAGAUCCGUUCAAGGGCGAUAAAUUCAGCAUCACCACCCCCAAGAGCACGAAUUGUGGGAAUGCGACGGGAUAUGACAACCUCGCGCAUAACUGCAAGGUUGGAAAGUACACGCUGCAGUUUGUGUGUUACGCCAUGCUUUCAGCAAAUUCGAAUUGUCAUCGAAGAAUGCUGACUUGAUGAUCUUAGAACCCGUGCAUAGAGUAA